UUCUUCAUAGUGCCAUUGAAGUGAGUCAUCUGUAGGAAGUGUGGUAAAAAGGAAAAGAGAAAAAAAAAGUUAGAACUGUUCCGUGAACAGCACAGAGCUCAGAUAGAGUAGCGAAGUAUUCCGCAGAUUAGCGACUGUUAACCUGCGUGAGUCACUCUUAAUACAGGCUCACUUGUCUCAACUGGAUUUGACUUUAGGUUCAAGUUUGCGCACCUGAGAGGGUCUAUAGUGUAGUUUACCUGAAUAAUAAAAAGCAUUAUUAAAAAUAAGAAACAGGAAGCACAGGAGAAAAUAUCUAAAUAGCAAUAUCUGAACGAUGUUUUAGGUGAGUUUAGAGGAGCACCUAUUUCCAACGAUUCUCUGGAUAUCCCAAAUUAACAACAAGCCAGAGGAUUUUUUUCUUCUUCUGUUGGUGCCUUUUUUCUGCGAGGAUUUAAAAAAAAAGGGGGGGUUUCAGAUUCAAACAGUUUGCUGAAAUCUUCCCUCCUCCCUGGACCAUGUACCAGGACUACUCCGGGAACUACGACACGUCGUCCCGCGGCAGCAGCACCUCUCCGGCCCAACAGGAGUCCUUCACGAGCGGCAGCAGCACGAUCGGAAGUCCGAUCUCUACCUCAAGCUACCAGAAGUACAGGGUCGACAUGCCCGGCUCUAACAGUGCCUUCAUCCCCACCAUCAAUGCAAUCACCACCAGCCAGGACCUGCAGUGGAUGGUGCAGCCCACCGUCAUCACCUCCAUGUCCAACCCGUACUCUCGCUCCCACCCGUACGGCCAUCACAUGCCCAACGGCCCGGGGAUGCAUGGACACAACACGCUGGCCCGGCCCGGGGUCAUCCGCUCCAUCGGGGACGCCAGGGGCCGACGCAAGAGAGAUGAACAGCUCACCCCGGAGGAAGAGGAGAAACGGAGAGUAAGGCGUGAGAGGAAUAAGUUAGCCGCCGCCAAAUGCCGCAAUCGCAGACGGGAGCUCACAGACAUGCUGCAAGGGGAGACUGAGAAGCUGGAGGAGGAGAAAGCCGACUUGCAGAAGGAGAUCGAGGGCCUGCAGAAGGAGAAGGACAAGCUGGAGUUCAUGCUGGUCGCCCACAACCCCGUGUGCAAGGUCUCCAUCGACGAUCGCCACCCGUCAUCGGGGCACCAGCAGCACUCGCAUCACCAGCAGUGCGCACCCCUCCCGCUAACCAUGCGCUCCAACAUGGGCCCCCGGGCUCAUAACAAUCACGUGGUAGUGAAGCAGGAGCCGGACGACCAUGUGGACAAGCCCCAGCGCUCCGUCAUCAAGCCCAUCUGCCUGGGCGGAGGCGUCGUCAGCGGAGGCAUGUAUUGCACAGAUGGAGACAGCCUGAACACUCCGGUGGUGGGGGCGUCCACCCCGGCCGCCACGCCCAACGCGCCCAGCCUCAUAUUCACCUACCCGAGCAUGCUGGAGCCCGAGAGCCCCUCGCCCUCCUCCGAGUCCUGCUCCAAGGCCCACCGGCGGAGCAGCAGCAGCGGGGAUCAGUCUUCAGACUCCCUCAACUCCCCCACCCUCCUGGCCCUCUGAGCGGGGGGUUUUGCUCGGCUCAGCUGAGAAACAAACACUGUGGCUGACGGCAACAUGAGAAUCAACUGCCGCUCCUCCUCCCCCCUUUCAGUGUCUUGUAAAGACCCGUAAGCACAUUCAAAAGUCCAGACCAAGAUGACCAUGUGAGCCCUUCUCCGCAUGGAGUCCCACAAGGGCUACGCCACGUGUUUCUUCUUUUUCUGCUUCACUGUAAAAAAUAUAUAUAUUCGUAAAGAGUGUGUGCAUCAACCCCAUAAAAGUGUCAUCUCUUUGCCAUUUCAACUCCAGAGUGUCGACUUGUUUACUGGGAAGACGAAAAUAAAGAAGGACUUGCCUAAAUCUCGGAAUCGUGAGAGCGCGUUCGUAAUAUAUUUUUUUGAAAAUGUUUAAAAAGCCAUGUGUCCGACACUUGCACUCUGCCAAGACGAAUCAAUAAAUCACUAAACGAGGUCAGUGUUCCACUGGAAUUUCUACUUGAGGAGAGAAAGAGACUUCCUCUCAUCUCCUUUUCCAUUUAGAUUUGUCAGUUCGUAACUUGGACCUUGAUUCAGGAAUCACUACUUAGUGUGUACACAUUUCUGACGCUAUUUCCAUCUUUUUAUUGUAUUUAUGGCCUGUGCUGAUAAUAUUUUACAAAGUGUUUUGUUGAGACAUUGUCCUCUCCUUAAUCUGCCUGUAGAAAAGCAAAACGGUCAUCCUCACGGUGGCCAAAGCCCUCCUCAGUGUUGCAAAGGAUACGAGCCAACUUUCAAUCAAUGAACAGUUCUUCAAUACUCUUCUAUACCUUCUAUGUUGCCAUGGUGGCUUGACUUUACAGUAUUGGUGUGCUUUUUCUCAGUGAUUCUGUACCUGAACUUUACAACCUGUUAAUGGCAAAGUGUAUGUGAUUGACAUUGAUGUCAGGGAUAUCUCUCAUGUGUAGUAGAACCCCAUCAUGAAGAACGUUGCACAUUGUGUCACAUCGAGAACGUCUUUUCGCUCAAAACUUUGAACGAACCCCUCCUACGCUGGAUUCUUUCUGACCUUGUUUCUGUGUUUCUCUAAAUAAAAGGUCUUACCUAUUUUUCAACACCGCCUCUCAGGGCAGGUCAGGUUUCAAAAAGCCAAAAAAGUUGUGUUUGAUACAUCCUGUAAUUCGUCCGUCUUUGUCUGAAAGGAGGGUUUUUUGCUCAAAUCGAAAAAAGCAACUGUGGUCUAGACUGUCGCCAGCUGCCAAUGAUGUCAACCCUGUUUAUACUGUGUUUGUAAAUCUGUCACUUUUAGUAAAGAAAUGAUGUUUAAAUUUAAGUCAGAUGUGCUGAUUUACGGGUGUACGAACAUAUGCCAACAUCGAGGUACUCUGUGGAGACUUAGUGGAAGCCGUGUUGACUUUAAACAAAAGGGCCAGACGUGGUUCACUUUUUGAAAAAAAGGAAGGGAAAAAUAGGAAAACUCUUUUUACAGCUGGCCUGGGAUGAAAGAGGGGACACCUUUGAAGAUCUAUGAAGCACUUCUUUUUCAUUAUUUUGUAUUACGUGUGUGUAUCUCAAAGGGAUGAGGGUUUUCAAAACUGUGCACUGAGAAAGACGCAACAGCAACAUUUGGGACUUUUUUUGUUUACUUCAAACAUUCCUAAUGAAUUUAAUGUCAAGGGUCAAAUGGGGGUGUCAUAUUUUCCAAUCCUUUUUGUUAUCAGAUGAUUAAAAGUUGUGGAUGGAAGAAUUUUGUUGUGCUGGAUGCAGAAAACGGACUCUGCAAUUCAAUACAAGCUGCUGCUACAUGGGAAAGAUCGGCUGUUUAUCUUUUUGAUGGGUUUAACAUCGCACGGAUGUGGAAUCUUUGUUCCCGUACGACGACUAAAA